AGCAAUAAACAUACUCCGUAAUCUGUUACGGAGGAGUCACGGAUUUGGCAAAAAUCGAACGGGAGCGACGAUGUGAUCUCAUCACAUUACGUCAUCGGAAGAGUAGAGCGUAAGCUUUACCACCAUCCCUACCAAAUACCAAUACAUUCCUUUUGUCAUUCUGCAAAACUUGCAUCGAUUUCCGAAGCCAGUCAAAUCCGUGCUAUCACCGUCGUGGAAACUGGGAAACGUCGCGAUCUUUCGAUAAAUUGAAGAAAGCAUCAAAGACUAAUACAUUUCAAUCAAUUUAUCAAUUUGGAUGGGCAACUCUUCCUCCUGUGCCUCUAACGGCUGCGUGAAUUGUGUUGGGAGGAAUUCGGGUUCUGAGGAUUUGGAAUCAUAUUUCCCUGUUAGACCAGAAUGCCAGGAUGAUGUCCCCAAGACCCGUUUCAAAACAAGGGCAGGGAAAACCCUUAGUCAGAGAAGAUGGAAUGAUGCAUUCUCUCUAGAUGGCCAAUUGGAUAUAGCAGCUGUUCUUAGAAGGAUCCAACGAGGGGGUAUUCAUCCUUCAAUCAAAGGAGCAGUAUGGCAAUUCUUGUUGGGUUGUUUUGAUCCCAGUAGCACAUUUGAGGAGCGAAGUGAACUCAAGCAACAGAGGAGGGAGAAAUAUGCUGCAUGGAAGGCUGAAUGUAAGAAGAUAGAACCAACCAUUGGUAGUGGAAGAUUAAUGACAGCAAUCAGUGAGAAUGGGCAAAACUUAGAAAACAUUACAGUUCCAGGUGUCUCACAAGGCAAUAAUGAUUCUUUUGACAAGACACUGAUCCAAUGGAAGCUGAGCUUAAGCCAAAUUGGUUUGGACGUUCAUCGCACAGACCGUAGUCUCGUUUUUUAUGAGAAUGAAGCUAACCUAGCAAAACUAUGGGAUAUCCUUGCCAUCUAUGCCUGGGUGGACAAAGAUAUUAGCUAUGUUCAAGGAAUGAGUGAUAUAUGCUCUCCCAUGGUAAUUCUUUUUGAAGACGAAGCAGAUGCAUUCUGGUGCUUUGAGCAUGCAAUGCGGAGACUGCGAGAAAACUUCAAGUGCACUGUAAAUUCCGUGGGAGUGCAAUCUCAACUGAAUACCCUUUCACAAAUUGUUAAAACCAUUGACCCAAAGCUUCAUCGUCACCUUGAGGAAUUGGAUGGCGGGGACUAUCUAUUUGCCUUUCGUAUGCUGAUGGUGCUCUUCCGCAGAGAGUUAUCUUUCGUUGAUUCACUGUAUCUUUGGGAGGUGAUGUGGGCGAUGGAAUAUAAUCCUCAUAUAUAUUCAUCAUAUGUGGAGUCCCAUCACAAGAACGAAAAUGUUAAAGUAAGCAACAAGGAGCUAAAGCAGUACGGUAAAUUUGAGAGGAAAUAUGCGAAAACUGGUUGGACAGACCACAGAAACGCUCUUGCUAUUUUCCUUGUUGCUGCUGUCCUCGAGACUAAGCAGAAGCGACUUAUAAAGGAGGCUAGGGGCCUAGAUGACGUUGUCAAUAUCAUGGGUGAAGUAACUGGGAACUUGGAUGCAAAGAAAGCGUUAGACGGGGCACUGAAAGUUCACGAGAAAUAUUUGAACAAGGUCAAAAAUCAAUAAUUUUUGCAGAGGUCACAGCUUCACUGAUAUGUUGUGUUGAUUCUUUAACUCUUGCAUUAUAAUUAUUUUUUAUUCUUUAUUUAUUCACAGAUUUCUGUUGUAGAAUGUGAUGUGAGAAAUCCAUUCAUACACUUUGUAUUACAAAUAUCUGAUGAUAUAUGCAAUGCCUUUGAAGGUUGUCUUAUUCCUUCCCCA